GGUCCAUUGUCAAAAGCAGAGUAUCGAAGUCGAUUGCUCAGCACUGAUGGGGAACAAAAGGUGGUCCUUGAGAAGGCGGGGCUUGCCUUGAGAUAUGCCUUUGUCUCGCAGAGGGGAUUUUACCCUGAAGAUCUUCACAAGGAGAAUCAGGAUGCUGUUUGUGUAUACCGGCGCUACGGUGGUGACCCAAAUCAGCUCUUCUUUGGGGUUUUUGAUGGGCAUGGACAGCAAGGGACCAGCUGUGCCCAGUUUGCAAAGGACCAGGUACCCGCCAUGCUCUUGUCCAACGCUCACUUUUCCACCGACCCGGUCAGAGCCUUCCGAGAAACGAUGGCCGAAUGUAACGAGCAGUUGCAUGCCAGCUCUAUAGAAGAUGGCCUCAGCGGCACAACAGCUAUAGCCUGCCUUGUGCGUGGCCGAACUAUCUAUGUUGCAAAUGUGGGCGACUCAAGGGCUGUUCUUGCGGAGCGUGUGGAUGGUCAGUUGAUAGCGAGGCCUCUCUCGCAUGAUCACACUCCAUUCCGGGAGGAUGAGUGUGAGAGGGUGAAGCAAUAUGGCGCCAGGAUCUUAACACUGGACCAGCUGGAAGGAGUGAAGGACCCAGCAGUGCAGUGCUGGAGCACAGAGGAGGAAGAUGACGGCGAUCCUCCUAGGUUAUGGGCGCCCAACGCCCUGUAUCCCGGCACAGCAUUCACAAGGAGCAUCGGCGACAGCUUGGCAGAGCAGAUAGGAGUGACAGCAGAGCCGGAGGUGGUGACAUGGACACUCUCUGGAGACAAGACUCCCCUCUUGAUCAUUGCCAGCGACGGUAUUUUUGAGUUUCUACAAAAUCAAGCAGUCAUACAAUUGGCGAGCAAGUAUGACGAUGCACAGCAAUCGGCAAUUGCCUUGGUUGCAGAGGCAUAUCGGCUCUGGCUUGAAGUGGAAACCCGCACCGACGAUAUCACGGCCAUUGUUAUCCGUAUUGAGGAGCUUGAA